UCACAUAUCAGCUCGUUGGACAAACAACUCCCACAGUGGCUGACAUAAAAGGAGAGAGGGGAACGAGAGAGAUCCUCACAUUCUUACAUCCAGAGCACCAACGGUGUGAUUUUUCUUGCCAAGAACUGGUUUCCACAUUUCCUCUCACAAUGACCUCUUCUUACAGCUUCAGGCAGUCUUCUUCUGUCUCAGGGGGAGGGUUUGGUGGUGCUUCUUUCAGGGCCCCAAGCAUCCAUGGUGGCUCUGGUGGCCGGGGCAUCUCUGUCUCUUCUGCAAGGCUGGUCUCCUCUGGGGCUGGAGGAGGCCUUGGUGGUGGAUAUGGGAUGAGUGGCUAUGGAGGAGGCUAUGGAGGAGGCUAUGGAGGAGGCUUUGGCGGAGGCUAUGGUGGAGGCUUUGGUAGUGGUGCUGGAGGUGGGUUUGGAGGCGGCAUGGCUGUCAGCGAUGGUCUCCUUAGUGGAAACGAGAAAUCAACCAUGCAGAAUCUGAAUGACCGCCUGGCAAGCUACCUAGAUAAGGUCCAUGCCCUGGAGGAAGCCAACACAGAUCUGGAGGUUAAAAUCCGGGAGUGGUACCAGAAGCAGGGACCAAGCGCAACCCGUGACUAUAGUCCAUAUUACAAGACCAUUGAAGAUCUCCGAGAAAAGAUCCUUGAUGCAACAACUGAAAACUCUAAAAUUGUCCUGCAGAUUGACAAUGCCAGGUUGGCUGCUGAUGACUUCAAAACCAAGUUUGAGACAGAGCAAGCUCUGCGCAUGAAUGUUGAGGGUGACAUCAAUGGACUGCGCAGAGUCCUGGAUGAGCUGACUUUGGCUAGGACUGAUCUGGAGAUGCAGAUUGAAUCUCUGAAGGAGGAACUUGCCUAUCUCAAGAAGAACCAUGAGGAGGAGAUGGCUUCACUUUCAGGGCAAACUGGAGGCCAAGUGAGUGUGGAAGUUGACUCUGCCCCAGGCAUUGAUCUCAGCAAGAUCCUGGCUGAUAUGAGAGACCAGUAUGAAUUGAUGGCUGACAAGAACAGGAGGGAAGCAGAGGCUUGGUUCAACAGCAAGACCGAAGAACUGAGUCACGAAGUUGCCGUCAACACCGAACAGCUUCAGUCCAGCAAGACGGAGAUCACAGACUUGAGACGCACCUUCCAAGGCUUGGAGAUUGAGCUCCAGUCUCAGCUUAGCAUGAAAACCGCACUGGAAAACACUUUGGCAGACACGGAAUGUCGCUACAGUGCCCAGCUGGCCCAGAUCCAGGGUCUGAUCGGCAACAUCGAAUCUCAGCUGGUUGAACUCCGAUCCGACAUGGAGCGUCAAAACAGCGACUAUAAGAUCCUUAUGGACAUCAAGAGCCGGCUGGAACAGGAGAUCGAGACUUACCGCCAUCUUUUGGAUGGCCAAGAUCUCCAGUAA